UCCGGUGCAGUCGGCAGAGAGAGUGCUGAUAUACACAUAGGCAGACAGAUAUGCACAUUCAUUCGUGAUGUGAUUGAUUAUGGAGAGUCACGUUGUCACUGGCAGGCAAGCAGGGAAGCAGGCAGGCAGGCCCUUCAUUGGCUCGCGUAUGACUGACUGACUGAGUGACUGUACAUCGACAGACUGACACGAGCGAACACUCCACUUGCGGAUCAGUCAUUGGCACGCAGAUCGAUGCAGCGCAUCAAGCAAUACAUGCGCUGGCUGGCUGGCUGGCUGGCUGGCCAAUCAGAGGUAGCCGUCCGGAUACCGCCACCUCUUCAACAUCUGAUUGUACCUGAAGGCAGCCCAGCCACACACACACACACACACACUGACCGGCCAUGUGGUGGAUUUGCCGUCGUGUGUCGUUCUUUCUCCUCGCCUGCAUGUCCGCAGCGGUACGCCAGCCUUCUUGCGGCACUGGUUCUCAAUCAUGCACAGCCACAUCAUCAACUCGUGACGCGUUGACACCCUGAGAAUGCAACCAACACGGCGGAACACAUGGUCAUGACGCAUUUCCUGUGCUCGGAAGUGUGCAUUUCCCUCCCUCUCUGUGAGACGACCUUACCUUGGCGGGAACUGCUUGACGGCCUCUUUAUAGCACUUUGCCGCCGGCCCCUCUGUACACUGGUCUGGGAAGUAGCGAAAGAACACGGCACUGUCCCGCUGCUGCUGCUCGCUCGGCCUUUCGUCCGUGUAGGCAGCAAACGUCCACAGCUGACAAAACACACAACACACAACACACAGGCCUGACAGCAAAUUUUCCCUCUUCUCCCUCCCUCACCAGCAGCCACUGUGCGUUGCACAGAUCUGUGGGCUUGUUGGUGAACUCACAAAAGUGCAUCACUGGCACCGAGGGCUUCUUGUCGGCCCGUGCUUGGGGUGAUCCAUCUGCUGAUGCUGAUGCCGAUGCUGCAGCGGCGUCCGACUCGCGCGACGACUCAGAUCUCGUCUGCGGGGCUGCUGGCGAGGAAGCUGAAGCGGAUUCUCCUGGUGAAGUGGAUGUGCUGGGUGUAGCCACCGCAUCAGCGGAUCCACGCGAUGACUCAUUGCCCAUUUC